AUGGCGAAGCCCGCACGUUCUCACUUCGCCCCUCCUCCAUUACUCUGUAUCCGCUCCCUUCCCAAACAGACGGCGACGUUGUACCAUUAUCGGCCGCCCACCCAGACCUUGUCGGACGUCCGUCACUCCAUCGGAUCAACAGAUUCAACAUCGAACUUCAGAAUCUGGUUGAGCACCUUUAUUUUGGGUACUCUGGACAGAGAAAGAAAAACACAAGGGAAACAUUUUUUUAGUACAACUAGUCGUAUCAUAACUUUAUUAGAAGGCAGAAUUCGCGAAAGAGAUCUUCACAAAAAUAUACCAUUAAGGCACAAUCUCGUUUUAACAAAUUCAUUUUGCAUAGUUAUUCCCACCUUCCUCUCCUCCAUUUCAGGAUUAGAAUGGAGUGAGGGGAAGGUGGGGGAGAUUGUUCAGUUUCUGGUGCCAUUGCAUUUUCUUGAAAGGGGCGUCAAGCGGGAAAUUAAGAUACAUAUUCAAUUCCUUCGAUCAAGUGGAAAGGCACUAAAUGUGUUUAUAGGCCGCUUUUGUUCUAAAUGCACUAAACAAGAAGAUAGUGCCACCUCGAAAAGCCAGACCACUGAUGGCACGUGUAUACAUGGGUUAAUCGCACCGUCCAGCAAGGAUGAAUUGUCGGCUGUACCUGAAGUUGCUGGUGAUGGCAGAAAUACAGAAGUGCCCAAUGUCCAGUUGAAAGAGAAGCCAGUUCUUGGUUUUGACCCUCCUAGGAAGCCGAGGGCAAGACAUAGACUCAAAAUCUGGAUCAGCACUCGGCACAAUGGCAUAAUUGGACGAUACGGUAAUAAACUGGAUUUAGGUUUCUUCAAUGGGGCGAAGCGGUUAUCAGCUGAACAUUUGAAUACUGGAUGGCCAGAUUGGCUUGUGACUGUGGCACCUGAGGCAGUGCAAGGCUGGGCCCCACUGCGAGCUGAUUUGUUUGAGAGAUUAAGUAAGAUUGGACAAGGGACUUAUAGUAGUGUUUACAAAGCUCGGGAUCUUAGAACAGCCAAAAUUGUUGCGCUCAAAAAGGUUCGGUUUGCCAAUACAGAUCCUGAAAGUGUGCGCUUUAUGGCUAGAGAAAUAUGUGUUCUUCGGAAACUCAAUCAUCCCAAUGUUAUAAAGUUGGAAGGGAUAAUAACAUCUCCUGUUUCACAAAACCUAUAUCUCGUCUUUGAAUACAUGGAACAUGACCUUGUUGGCCUUGCUGCAACUCCAGAACUCAAGUUCACCGAGUCACAGGUCAAGUGUUUGAUGCAACAGAUAUUUAGUGGCCUUGAUCAUUGCCACAGCAAAGGAAUUCUUCAUCGUGACAUGAAGGGCUCCAAUCUCUUGAUUGAUAGCAAUGGUGUUUUGAAGAUUGCUGACUUUGGCUUAGCUACAUUUUAUGAUCCUGAGAGUCGGCAACCACUGACAAGCCGUGUUGCAACAUUGUGGUACAGACCACCAGAACUUCUGCUUGGUGCCACCAGGUACAGUGCUGCUGUGGAUAUGUGGAGUACAGGGUGCAUUUUUGGGGAAUUGCUGGCUGCCAAGCCAAUCAUGCCAGGCAGAACUGAGGUGGAGCAAAUUCACAAGAUUUUCAAGCUCUGUGGAUCACCUUCUGACGAGUACUGGCAGAAAUUGGAAGUGCCCCCAACAGGGAUGUUCAAGCCCCUCUGCCAGUAUAAGCGGUGCAUUGCUGAGAAUUUCAAAGAUUUACCUCCAUCAGCUCUAGUUCUUCUAGAUAACUUGCUUGCAUUAGAACCAGAAGCUCGUGGAACAGCUGCCUCAAGUCUUCAGAGUGACUUUUUUAGAACAGAGCCACUUGCUUGCAGCCCUUCGGACUUACCAAAGUGUCCACCGAGCAAAGAAUAUGAUGCUAGACUCCGACAAGAGGAAGCAAGAAGACAAAGAAGGCCAGAAUCUGUUCGAUCAGGAAUUGAGAAUCCUAGAGAAAACCGUGCUGCAUAUGGUUCUAUUAAACCGCAGAGGCUUCAGCAUACCAAAACAAGGUUCAAUAGUGCACAUCUCAAUCCAAAGGAUGAUCAACUGACGUUGGCUACUGAGGUACAACCUCUAGGGUUUGAUUCCACAUGGAACAAUGGAGGUAACAAUUAUAUGGACCAUCACGAAGUACCUGAACGCAAAUACAGAUCUGGCCGAUUGGCAAAUUCCAACAUUUCAAGGACAAAGGGCUCAGACAUGUUUAAACCUGAAUCGACUGGCGUAGGGAACAUUGUGCCUGCUUCUCACAACAAAGAGAUAGGAGUAAAAGGCCCAAUGGUGGACUACAAGGGUAAGAGCAAAAUAGUCAAUUUGUCUGGUCCACUGGCUACUCAAGAUGGGAACAUAGAGGAUAUGCUCAGAGAACAUGAGCGGAAUGUUCAGGAAGCGGUGCGCAAAGCGCGCUGCAUCAAGAGUUGA